GAUUGAGUGCAUGAAGUCGAGGAAGCGUUUUGAGGAAGCCAAGUUUUUAAAUGACUUCUCAUUUGCACGUAUUACAAUGAGAUUGGAAAAUAUUAUAUUUCUGUCACUGUGUGCUGUGUCCUUUUCACAAGAUGAUAGCAUGGUACACAUACAUGGCGGUAGUUUCCAAAUGGGAACCAAUGCGGCUGAUGGACGAGAUGGAGAGUCGCCUGUCAAAAGUGUGACAGUGAAAUCUUUUAAACUGGAUGCAUAUCCAGUCACCAACUCUGAUUUUAGGAAAUUCAUCAAGGAACAAAAGUACAAAACCGAGGCAGAGACUUUUGGAUGGAGUUUUGUGUUUCAGGAUUUUGUGUCAGUGGAGAUGAAGGACAAAGUCACGCAGAAAAUAGAGUCAGCACCUUGGUGGAUACCUCUAGAGAAGGUGUUUUGGAGACAGCCAGCUGGGCCAGGCUCUGGCAUUAAAGAGAGAUUGGACCACCCAGUGGUGCAGGUGAGCUGGAAUGAUGCCCAAGCCUAUUGCAAAUGGAGGAAGAAGCGACUGCCUACUGAGGAGGAGUGGGAGUUUGCUGCUCGCGGGGGUCUAGAUGGGAGGGCCUACCCAUGGGGCAAUAAAUUCAUGCUCAAUCGGACCAACCUAUGGCAGGGGGCAUUUCCAGAUGGAGAUUCAGCUGAAGAUGGUUACCAUGGCAUUUCACCCGUCAAUGCAUUCAUCCCCCAGAAUAGCUAUGGACUUUAUGAUAUGUUCGGGAAUGCGUGGGAAUGGACAGCCACUCGUUUUCCUGGAGCUCAGAUUAUGUACGUUUUGCGUGGGGCGUCUUGGAUUGACACAGUCGAUGGAUCAGCCAAUCACAAGGCUCGGGUGACAACUAGAAUGGGUAACACUCCAGAUUCUGCCUCUGACAACUUAAGUUUCCGAUGUGCUGCCGCUGAUUCACCACAAAAGAAUAAGAAGAAGUCAAAGUCUGAGCUAUAAAUGUUAGGAGACAUAUGGACAGAGCCAGUUCUCUCCUGUGGAGAUUUGCAUUGUGACCUAACCUUCUCUAAUUUCUGAAUUUCUAAAAUGUUAGUAUUUUCAUUUUUGAAAUGUAUUGUUUUCUUCCUGGUAUGACGUUUUUAUGUGUAUAAUGUACUAACCAUGAUUUAUUAUUGAUUAAAGUAUUUUGUAUGCAGUA